UUUGUAGGAAAAGCGCCACAGUAGGCAAGCAGUUUCACUAGUCAACGGCCUAAAAUCCCGGAAAACUUUCCAAGCGAUAUUUUGACUUCCGCGUAUUAAUGAGCGAUGCUUCUUGAAAACCCAACUGUGUGCUGUUUUUAAAGGUCACGAUGCCUUCAAUUAUAAAUUCCCUUUAACUUAGAGGCGCACUUAGUCACCGAGGUUAGUUGCCAUCGACUGGUUAAUCGAGUUUUAGCGAAUUAGCCACAAGUGCAUUAAUUAAAUUACAAUAAACACACCCAUGCUCGACUAUAUUGCCGGCAAAACAACCCAUUGGAAAAUCAGUUCGAAUGUGCUAUGGUCGAAUGAGGAGCUGGACCUACAUAUUUUUUCUGUGCUCUGUAGUGGGUUAAUGAACGAAGACAAGCCUCUCAAGUGGCCUUUUUACCAGUUUAUCGCCCGCUGAAGUUAUGUGGACUUUAUUCAGUGUAGUUGCAGUCAGUUGGCUCAUUGGCGUUGAUGGCAACUUACUGCUUUUGAAUGAAGAUGCGCCCAUCAGACAGAAACGACAGUUUCCUCUGCAAAAUACUGAUUUAAACAGCAACGCUAUUUUCUUCGAUAAUGACAACAUUUUCAAUGACGCCGUGCAACCUGCUAGGGCCAGGAAUCCUUCCAACAGGCAAACUUCUCCGCGUCCACAAACUACUGCAGCUGUUACCACAGUGGCAGUACCAGGAAUGGGAACCCCCCGCACUCUGUGCGAAGACGCCUGCUUAACAACGUCGGAAUACAAUCCAAUUUGUGCCGACAAUGGCAUCACUUAUAUGAACAUGGCUCGGUUCCGAUGUGCUGUUCAAUGUGGACAAACAAUUAGAGUUGCUGCUAAUAGAGUCUGCGUCUGAACGAGUUCAGCUCAUCUCUAGUUUUAAAUUGUCCACCUUUAAAUAAGCCGUAAUUAUUUUUACCCAAUAAAUAGUUUUUAUCCAAA